AUGAAGAGGCAAAAGCCUUCAAGCUCCACAGAAAUCGAUGAGGACGUGGUUUGUGAAAGUCGAUCAUCAAAAUCGAAACGGGUUGAAAAUGUUUCCCCUCUGGUUGACAGCACCGUUUACUUCACCAAGCCGGAUGCUGAAGAAUUCGCACUACUCACCGUUCCACAAAUGAGCCUGCCAGAGCUCAUAAAGCACAUUAACCCAUUGCGCUCACUUCAUUUUAAUUUCAUGAUUGAUACUAAAUGGUUAUUAAGAUGUUACCCGAAGGAAAUUCGGAAUAAUCCUAUCGAAUUAUGUGUUGGUGACAAGGAUUUUGCCGAUAUGAAAUUUGAAACGAAAUCGUACACCAACAUUCAAGUUUAUAGCGCCAGUUUGCCUUUUCCUUAUGGAACUCAUCACACGAAAUUAUCGUUGUUCGAAACUCAAUCUAUGUUUCAUGUGAUUAUUUCUACUGCAAACUUACUUCCGAAUGAUUGGCUCGACAAAACACAAAUGUUCUAUUAUUCAUGUGGGAUUAUUCAAAAGGAAGAUGCUCCAGUGAGCCCUUUCCAACAAGAUCUUUUAACUUAUUUAAACAGCUAUUCAUCGAAAAUUGAUUAUUGGAGAGAUCUGCUGAAAAGAGCGGAUUUUUCGCAUAAUGUUGAUCGUUUGAUAUUUUCAACACCGGGUUAUCAUAAGGACGAAAAUUUUAAAAAGUGGGGACACAUUCGCCUGAGGAACCUUCUUUCGGAAACAUCUGAAGAAUGUGAGCCUUCGAGUGACAGCCCGCUGUAUGUCCUUCAGUGCAGUUCUAUAGGAUCGCUGGGAAACAACAAAGAUUCUUGGUGUGCUGGGCAGUUUCUCCGUAGUUUGGAACAGCCGAAACCGUCAAACUCGCCGAGGAUAUUUUUGGUCUAUCCAACAGUCAACGAAGUUCGGAAUUGUGUUGAAGGAUACGAUGGAGGCGGUUCUUUACCGUAUUCAGCGAAAACGCACGCGAAACAACCAUGGCUUCGUGAUAUUAUGUGCAAAUUUCGUGGCAAUUUCGGUAGAGAGCGAUACAUGCCCCAUUGCAAGACGUAUACGAAGAUUGUCGAUGGGAAGCCAUUAUAUCAGGUGCUCACAAGUGCAAAUCUCUCGAAAGCUGCAUGGGGAGAACUGCAGAAAAAUUCAAAACAAUUAUUCAUUCGAUCCUAUGAAGCUGGAGUUCUGAUCAAAGAUCCUCAACGAAUUCGACUACCAUAUCAAUAUCCGAUUGCCAAAUAUCAAAAAACUGACGAUCCGUGGCUCUACGAUCGUAGCUACUCCCAACCAGAUUGUUUCGGAAGGAAUUACACUUAUAACUAA